CUUUGCAGUGUACUUCUGCAGGACGUUGAACGCCCUUCCUUUCUUUUUCGCCUUCCAAUACGUCGCCUGGUGCUACAGCCGCCUCUGUAUCUUUGCCUUUCGAGCUCUCUCUGGAAGAGUCAUUCUUUUCUACACAUUCUCUGCCUUUUAGCAAGCAAUCACAAUGGUGUCCAGAAAGCUGAUGGGUGCGUGGGCCUUUGUCGACGUCUGCCUUCUUGCCGCCGGCGUCGUCUCGCUCGCGCUCUCCAUCGUAUGGCGGGCACCCAACAUACUAAUGAACAUGGUUCUUUCCAACUCUGAUCUGACGGCCGGCACCGUCCUUGCCGUCGCACUGCUUGUCACCUUUGCGAUAUCCAUCGUAGCCGUUGUCCAGCGAAACCAUGUCACAAUCGGUUUCGUUAUCCUCAACUAUGCCUUGGUGCUCGAUGCAAUUGGGAUCAUAGUUAUCGGCUCUUUCGUCUGGUUCUUCACCUUACAUGAACGUGCCAACUUCCAUGACAUUUGGGUCCAACAGAGUGCUGCCAAUAGGAUCAGUCUCCAAGACCAGUUCAAUUGCUGCGGUUACUUCAACGCCACCGACAAUCAGGAAAUCGGCGGCACUCACUGCACCCAAUCUCAAGUCGAUUUUCUUAACACGCUUAAUUCAGUCGCCGAUAGCAAUGCCGACUUUUUCUGUGUUACCCCCAUUACUGCUUUUGCGGAUAUGACCCUUAAUAACAUAUUCACGUACGUUUAUGGCUUCAUGGCGAUCGUGCUCUGUCUUCUUCUCGCCUCUUUAUGUGUCAUAAACAAGAGGAAGGAAGAAGAACGCUUCAAGAAGAUCGAUGAGAAGCGCGGAGGGAGAGGAUUCGUUUGAGAUGAA